AGUCGCACUCCGAACUCCAAGGAUUCAGGUAACGCGCUAACUGCGGGACGAAUACUACAAAUCUUCAAUCAGUUUUUACGCAAAGGUCAAGAUAGACUGUCUUUGCUGUUGAGCCGUACCGUUGUUGACAAGCAUUUUCGAAGAUGGAACGCCGUGCUAGGAGGACAACAUUCACUCGGAUCAACCCUGACACCAAAUUUCUGGAUGACGAAGACGUUGAGGGGGUACAUCUUGUUCAUGACUUUGACCUGGUUCGUGAAAUGCAAGUGCGUUUGGGAAAAUUCGCCAAAGGUCAGGCUGUUUUUUUCCCUGUAAUGUGGCCCGUCUCCUUGUCCAUGAAGAACGUCCAGUCGCUUGCAUCGAAGCCUUAUGUGGUGGGACCCAAGCCAUCCGGACCGCGGUUUCUUCUUUACAUUGAUUCUUCCAGGGAUAUUUUCCUGGAGAAUAUGACGCAACACAUUUUUCGUGUCGACGAAGAUCACGCCAUCAAGAUAGAAACGUUUGACGGGAGACCAAUCACCGACACUGUUCUCGAUGGGGUCAUAUCAAGAGAGAAAUCAGAUGAUGAUGCCAGUUGUAAUGGAAAUAUUAAGGAAGACGGAACUACCGGAAAAUUGAAGUUUGUAAUUCUGGACGCAAUCAGGUGCAGCGGAAAUGACCUGACUGGUUUGAACAUCCUUGAACGAAUCGCUUUUGUCAGGGAAGAGAUCAUAAUACCGAUGACGUAUACCAUGGGAAAAGAGAACGAGGCAUUUGACUUGGAUAUCGUCGAAUAUGAGGAAGCACACAGGACGGAAAAUUUCUUGUCUGUUGAAUACGCUCAGCGUUUCAAAUAUCCGUUGGAUUUUUUUAUUUUUUAUCCAAAAAAGAAGGGCUACAAAUGCGACUCCAAAUCCAACCACAAUUUUAAGUGGCAGGAAAAUGACAAUCAAAAAUGCAGUUUUCGACUUAAAAUUCCAAAAGGAAUAAAAAAUCCGACAGAGGCCGAGCUUCAUGUAGGGGGCCCAAAAACGAAAUUCGAAAUCAAAUACGACAUGAUUAGACUGACAGAUGAAAUGAAAAUGCUGGACGGAUGCAUUAUUGAUUGCCGCUAUUUUGAUCACCAAUGGAUCUUCAUCAAGCAGCGCCAUGACCGUAAUCAUCCCAAUGGAAGUGAGGCAGUUAAGGGGAAAAUGGAAGCGCUUGAAAAUCAAGUUUAUCGUGAUUUUCUUCUGACACAUUUAAAUAUUGCUAGAGGUUUGGAGUAAAAUUGUUGGUUUGCCAGGUUUGCCUAGCAAUGGGUCGAGUUUAUGUAGACGUAGUUAUAAUAUCAAUCAUCGAGUCGAUAUUCUACAAUAAUAUCGUAAUUAUAUAAUCAAACAUUAUAUACUUUGUCCAAUUAACAAAAAUAAAAAAAUGCACUGG